AUCUAAGAACUGCAGCCCAAUUCCCUUGUUGUCCUCACAUUGCUGCCUUCUAGACCCCCAUAACACAUCAAGUCAACCAUGUCCAACUCGACUCCGGAUUUACCCCGCGUGCGGGCAUGUCUCUUCGACAUGGACGGCCUCCUAAUCGACUCCGAGGACAUCUACACCUCGGUCACCAACACGAUCCUGCAGGAAUAUGGCAAGCCGUUACUCCCGUGGUCGAUUAAGGCCCAAUUGCAGGGCCGUCCCGCGCCAGAGGCCGGCCGCAUCUUCCACGACUGGGCCCAACUCCCCAUCGGCGCAGAAGAAUACGCACGCAAACUCACGGCCCUGCAACUCGCGCGCUUCCCCGAAACGCAGCCCCUACCAGGCGUCGAAGCCCUGCUCUCCGCCCUCGUAUCAACGCAGUCCACAUCCCACCCGGUACACCUAGCGCUCGCAACCUCCUCGCACGCCAAGAACUUCACGCUGAAGUCCUCGCACCUGCCAGAGCUAUUCGCCGCAUUCCCAAAGAACCAGCAGGUACUGGGCGACGACCCGCGCAUCGGCAAGGGACGCGGCAAGCCGCUCCCGGACAUCUACCUGCUGGCACUGGAGACGAUCAACCAGGGCUUGCGGGCGCGGGGCGAGAAGGAAAUCACGCCCGCCGAGUGUCUUGUUUUCGAGGAUGCGGUGCCCGGUGUUGAGGCCGGGCGGCGCGCGGGCAUGCGUGUCGUCUGGGUGCCGCAUCCGGGUCUUUUGGAGGCGUAUCGUGGGCGUGAGGAGGAGGUGCUCGCGGGUUUGACGGGGAGUCAUAAGGAGGAGGAGAAGAAUGCCGCGGAGAAGGAGGCGCAGGAGCUUGUGGCGGAGCGCGAAGGUUCGCCGCUGCGGGAGAAUGGGCGCCCCGGGCAGUUGGGCGAUGGGUGGGGGGUUUUGCUUUCUUCGUUGGAGGAUUUUCCGUUCGAGCAGUUUGGGAUUGUUCCCAACUCUGCUUAGGAUGACGGUUUGUCGGGUUGGUUGGUCUUGGCCGUAUAGGCUGGAUGGGUUGGUGUGAUUAUCCU